CGGUGCGGUCCCUCCCCGGGCGGUGCUGUCGCUGCCGGGGCGCGGCUCCGGCGCUGCUCGGCCAUGCGGACGGGCUGAGCGGCGCUGCCGCCGCCUGUCCCGGGCAAGGAUGGCUUCCAAUUUCAACGACAUCGUGAAGCAGGGCUACGUGCGCAUCCGGAGCCGGCGGCUGGGGAUUUACCAGAGGUGCUGGUUAGUGUUCAAGAAAGCUUCAAGCAAAGGGCCAAAGAGGCUGGAGAAGUUCUCAGAUGAACGAGCUGCUUACUUCAGAUGCUACCACAAGGUCACAGAGCUCAAUAAUGUGAAGAAUAUCUCGAGGCUGCCAAAAAGCACAAAGAAACACACUGUGGGCAUUUAUUUCAGUGAUGACACCUCCAAAACCUUUGCCUGUGAGUCAGAGCUUGAGGCAGACGAGUGGUGCAAGGUGCUGCAGAUGGAGUGCCUGGGAACACGAAUUAAUGACAUUAGCCUUGGAGAGCCUGACUUGUUGGCAUCUGGAGUAGAGAGGGAGCAGAGUGAGAGAUUCAAUGUGUAUUUGAUGCCAUCCCCUAAUUUAGAUGUGCAUGGGGAAUGUACCUUGCAGAUAACAUUUGAGAAUAUCUGUCUUUGGGACAUCCAGAAUCCCAGAGUCAAACUCGUCUCUUGGCCAUUAAGUGCCCUCCGGCGCUACGGGCGGGACCCAGCCUGGUUCACCUUCGAGGCAGGGAGGAUGUGUGACACGGGAGAAGGGCUGUUCAUCUUUCAGACCAGGGAUGGGGAAGCCAUCUACCAGAAGGUUCACUCGGCUGCCCUGGCCAUAGCAGAGCAACACGAGCGGCUGCUGCAGAGUGUGAAGAACUCCAUGCUGCUUGAGUUAGGACUGCCCUCGGGGGCAGCAGGGCUUGCCCAGGAGCAGGGCAGCACCAAGCUGCAGCUGAAGAUGAGCGAGCGGGCGGUGUCGCUGGGCACCGUGGUGCCCCUGCCCCGCAGCGCCUACUGGCACCACAUCACCCGGCAGCACAGCACCGGGCAGCUCCUCGGCCUGCCAGACGUUUCCAGCCCAGUGAAGCUCCACCGCACGGACACUUUUCCAACCUACAGGGCAGAGCAUCGAUAAAGAUCUGGGAAGAACUUUACAAACUCUUUGUCUUCUGACCAACUGCCCCAGUGGAUGAGUGGUGAUGACAAGCAAGGAUGGAAACGCAGAGAAGUUCAGGUUGGACAAAAAAUUCUUGCAAUACAAAGGAUUUUUUAAACUUUGCCCAAAGCGGAAACUCUUCCGUGGAUAUUGGAGAGAGGAACCAAACCACCAAACCCUCUGGUGUAUCUUUUAUAUCUUACAGCUGGACAGAGGAGAAAUCACUCCCUAAACACUUCCCACUGGUUUUGUAUGAUAGGAUUGUUGUAAAUAUGUGAGACUCCUGCUGUAGUGUGGUUAUUUUGUCUCCUGGCAGCUGUGUGUUCACCGCUGUGUCACUCUGGUUUGUGGCAAUGCUUCUCUUUAGUUAUUCCCAUUAUUGUUACCCUGUUUCUGAUCUCUGGAAUGGUGGCCAGUUUGAAGCAGCUCUUGGAUACAAUUUUUCCUGUUUGAAGACUUGAUUGAUUUCUUUUAAAAGAAUCUCCUCUUUCCUGUAUUUAUUUCCAUCUCUGUAAACAUUGAAAAUAAAUAAAAAAGUCCCA